AGUGCGAAUAACAAACUAUAUAAAUGCACCCAAUGAUGCAUGUGAACUGAUGAUGCACCAAUUCAGGUCACCCUGAAUACAUUACUGGCAAUAGCAAGUACGAAUUCAACGAUAUUUUGCGCAGUGGUAACAAUGGCGUAUAAUGUUAAUUGACAGUAGGUGGUAGGAUGUCCAAAAAAAAUUUAGAAUUUUUUUUCUUUCGUUUAACAGACUUACCUUCUCGGGCUAUUUGAUCGGCAUCGACGACUGGAAUUCCAUUUUCCUUGAACACUUUUGAGACACUGGUUUUACCCGUAGAAAUUCCGCCGGUUAACGCGACGAUAAACAUUUUAUCACUAGGCGAUUAAUUCAAAAAUUGUUGCGUUUACAAUUUGCGGGAGUGACACGGUUUUCUAGUAAAUUUUUUUGUAUUUUCGAGUUUCAUUAAAUUUGACAUUCUAUUGAGUGUGUGAUCAAAAAAAUGCUGGAAGUUUGUGUGGACAAUCUAUCUUCAGUGAAUGCAGCAGUCGAAGGCGGAGCGCAACGUAUAGAAUUGUGUUCAGCCCUAAGUGAAGGAGGUCUUACACCUAGCGUUGGGUUUUUGAAGAUGGUCAAACGAACGCAUCCAAAUUUAACGGUUUUUGCAAUGCUACGUCCACGUUGCGGAAAUUUCGUUUAUUCGCAGCUUGAAAUGGAUUGCAUUUUGGAAGAUAUGACAGAACUCAAUGCAAAUGGGGUCGAUGGUUUCGUCUUUGGUGCUCUCACAGAUGAUCGAAAAAUCGACGAAGAUCAUUGCACUUUGGUGAAACAACAUUCCAAUGCUCUUCCAUUGACUUUCCAUCGGGCCAUUGACAUAACCGAUACAACAGUGUUAACCGAAAAUGUAGCCAAAAUCGAACGUCUCGGCUUCAAUCGAAUACUAACGAGUGGACUGCAGCGGACAGCUGAAUUGGGAAUGGAAAAUAUUGCAAAAAUGCAACAAUGUUCCAAGAAUAUCAUUGUUGUGCCGGGUGCGGGUAUUAAUCUGAAGAAUGUGGAAACGAUUCUGUCGACGACCGGUUGCAAGGAGUUUCACUCGUCCGCAUCGAUUAAAACGAUUGAUGAUGCACCGGACGGGGAUAUUGAUUUCGGUAAAAUUAUGCGAACAGAUUCUGACAUUGUUAGGAACCUAGUCAAAAUUGGUCAACAGUUCUUGUGAGACUGAAUUUGGUCGAUCCAUCGAAUAAAUCGUUUUUGGU